CUGCCACCACAGCUCUGCUGGGAGGACUGCUGCACCCUUUGCCCUACUCUCCAAAGCACUCUGCUGCCUGGGUGUGCCUCUUGUUUGCCUCGGAGCAGCAGCCCGGAGAAGGCAACGGGCAAAAUGGCGUGGGGGCUGCUGCUCCCGCUGCUGCUUCUUGCUGCCUGGGCCCCCCCCUUGGCAGCCCAAGGGGAGAAUCCCACCCCACUGGAAGUGCUUAUCAAGAAUGGGAGACUCCGGGGCCGGCAGAUCAAAGUCAGCGGCGCUGAGAGAAACGUAGACGUUUUCCUUGGAGUUCCGUAUGCAAAGCCACCCCUCGGACCUUUGCGGUUCUCCCCACCACAGCCAGCUGAACCAUGGAACGGUGUCAGAGAUGCAACGUCGUACUCUCCCAUUUGUCUGCAGGAUCCAGAGAUUGGGCAAGCUCUGUCAGAUGGUUUUACUAACAAAACGGAAAAUGUCUCCUUGGAAAUUUCUGAGGACUGUUUGUAUUUAAACAUCUACUCACCAGCCCACUCCGACAAGAAAGCUAAGUUACCGGUGAUGGUUUGGAUCCAUGGAGGAGGCUUAUUGAUCGGUGCUGCAUUGAUAUACGACGGGUCUGUGCUAGCAGCUUUUGAAGAUGUAGUGGUGGUAACCAUUCAGUACCGCCUGGGCAUCCUUGGCUUUUUAAGCACAGGUGAUGAAGCCGCUCGUGGAAACUGGGGCCUCCUGGAUCAAGUGGCAGCUCUCCAGUGGGUCCAAGAGAACAUUGCACACUUUGGAGGAGAUCCCGGAUCAGUCACUAUAUUUGGAGAGUCUGCUGGUGGAUUCUGCACUUCUGCCCAUGUCUUAUCCCCGCUCUCCAAGGGCUUGUUUCACAGAGCCAUCUCUGAAAGUGGCGUCGCUGUCAUGGAGGCUCUCUUAGAUGCUCAUCCAGGAAAACUGGCUAAGGACAUUGCUCAGGCUGCUGACUGCCAGCCCUCCAGUUCGCUCCAGAUGGUUCAGUGUCUCAGAGGGAAGACGGAGGACGAGAUCCUGCAGGCGACUCUCAAGAUGGAUUUUACCAAGUUUUAUCUAGACAGCGACGAAAAGCACAUCGUGUUUUUCCCUGCAGUUGUCGAUGGCAUGUUUUUUCCAGAAGCCCCCAAAGACCUUUUGGCAGAGAGAAGGAUCAAUAAUGUCCCCUACAUCAUAGGCGUCAAUAACCACGAAUGGGGCUGGAUUGUUCCUACUGUGCUACAGUUUCCGGAUGUCAAGAAGGGCUUGGAGAGAGAGACAGUCAACUCUGUGAUACGCAGCUCAGAGCAACUCACGGGUGUUGCUCGUGGAGAUGCUCACAUCAUUGCCAGUGAAUAUCUGCAGGAUGACAUGGGUCCUCUGCAACUCAGAGACCAGCUUCUGGAUUUGCUGGGAGACGCAACCUUUGUUGCUCCUGCCAUUCACACAGCUAAACUCCACAGAGAUGCCGGCUGCCCAGCCUAUGUGUAUGAAUUUCAGCACCCGCCGAGUUCAGCCAGAGGCCUCAGACCAGAUUUUGUUAAAGCAGACCAUGGGGACGAGAUUGGCUAUGUCUUUGGGAACGUCUUCUUAGACAGUGCUUCUGAUGAAGAGAAACAACUUAGCAGAACUGUGAUGAAGUACUGGGCUAAUUUUGCUCGCAAUGGGAACCCCAACAGUGACGGCCUGGUCAGCUGGCCCACAUUCGGCCAGCAGGAGCAAUAUCUGGAAAUCAACUUGCAGCAAAAGGUAGCAAAGAAACUGAAAGAGAAACGAGUUGCCUUCUGGACCAAGAGUCUGCCUGAAAAAAUACAGGAAAGUAAAAGACGGCGCACUGAGUUAUAAGUCCUCAACAACAUCAAGAUCCCUUUUUGCUGCUAUAAAAUGGGGGGGGGGAUUGUUUCACUUCAGUGGAAGUGGGAAAUUGUCAUCUAGGACUGCCUAGUUGUAAUGCCGAAAUGAUGGCAGUUGUGGUCAACCACAUUCAAAAAUGGACCAAUCUUCAGAGAGGCCAAGCUGCCUCUUUCAUUCUGUUCUCUGCCUUCCGCGGGAUCUGCAUGUGUCAAAGAGUCCCAGAGACAGAUUCUGAUAACUGCUGGUGUUUGUGAUUUCAAAGGGAGCAUUUUUAUUGCUUUUCUAACUCGAUAUGCAUCUGUAUAACCUAA